AUGGCUCCCGGGACCUUCCGUUCCGCAGCGGCGUCCGCCGUUCAUUCCGGCGGAAGCUUCGGGGGAAACGACUCGCACGCGCAGCAGCACGCGGAUCCCGGCGGAAGCCGCAAUGCGCAGACGAGCGGGGGGGGAGUGGCGGAGAAGUACGGGCUGCUGGCGGCGGUGAUUGCGGCGCGCGGCGGGUGCGCGGUGCUGGACGGCGGGCUGGCGACGGAGCUGGAGCUGCGCGGCGCGGACCUCAACGACCCGCUGUGGUCCGCCAAGUGCCUCAUGGAAGAGGAAGCUUCUAGCCUCGUUCGCAAGGUUCAUCUGGACUACUACCGCGCGGGCGCCGACAUUUCCAUCUCCGCGUCGUACCAGGCAACCAUAGAGGGCUUCACGGCGCGCGGGCUGUCGGAGGGGCAGGCGGAGGCUCUUCUAGCGCGCAGCGUGCAGCUGGUGGGGGAGGCGCGGGACCGCUUCUGGGCGCAGCACUGCGCGGAGGCGGAGCGGAGGGGGGAGCGGGUGGAGCGCACGGAGGGCGGCGUUGAGCGCGUGGCGGGGCGCGUGAAGCCGCUGGUGGCGGCGUCCGUCGGCAGCUACGGCGCGUUCCUCGCGGACGGCUCCGAGUACAGUGGCGACUACGGUGCGGACAUGACAGUGGAGCGACUCAUGGCCUUCCACCGCCGCCGACUGCAGGUGCUGGCAGCAGCGGGGCCGGACAUAAUCGCCAUGGAGACCAUUCCAUGCCUAAUCGAGGCUCAGGCCCUGGUGCAGCUGCUAGAGGAGCAGGCUGCCACGGGCACAGCAGCAGUGCCGGCGUGGAUCAGCUUCAACAGCAAGGACGGCUGCACGGCGCCGUCAGGAGACCUCUUCUCUGCCUGCAUCGCCACCGCCGCUGCCAGCCCGCACGUGGUGGCCGUGGGGAUCAACUGCACACCGCCCCGCUUCAUCCUGCCACUGCUGCAUGCCGCUCGGAAGGAGACAUCGAAGCCACUGGUGGUGUACCCCAACAGUGGGGAGGCGUGGGACGGCAUCAACAAGGAAUGGGUGCACUUUAUCGCCCCUGUUUCUUGCCACAUGUCUCACUCCGUGCAGCCAUGCAGUGGGCUGAGCGACGAUGGCUUUGUGUCGUACGCCCCUGAGUGGGUGAGCGCUGGGGCGGCAGUGCUGGGCGGUUGCUGCCGCACCACACCACACACCAUCUUCAGCAUUGCCGAAUGCAUUCACUGCCGUGGAGAGAAAGGGGUGUGGGGGAAGAGAGUGGGGCCUAUCGUAGUUCGCACAGACACAGAAGUAGACGCAGCUGUUGCGAUAUGA